AUGAUGCAUCCUGCUUUGGCUUCUCCGUUGGAUCUGCGACCGUCGGGAUUACUGUCGAUCGGAUCCCAGUCAGUGAACCGGAAUGGCAGUGCAACGGGUCGCAAUCGGAGCCGCAGCAGCAGUAGCUCCGAGAAUGGUACUUCCGGUGGCCAUCCGACGGCAUUGUCGACCGGUGGCAGUGGUUCAACCGGAGGUGGUGGUGGCACGGGAAAAUCGGGAUCUCAUCGAUCGCAAAGCCUGGUGAAACCACCGUACUCCUACAUUGCCCUCAUCACGAUGGCCAUCCUACAGUCACCCCAGAAGAAACUGACCCUCAGUGGUAUCUGUGAGUUCAUUAUGACGAGGUUCCCAUACUACAAGGAAAAGUUCCCAGCGUGGCAAAACUCGAUCCGGCACAAUCUCAGCCUGAACGAUUGCUUCAUCAAGAUCCCCCGGGAACCGGGCAACCCGGGCAAGGGCAACUUCUGGACGCUCGAUCCGCUGGCCGAGGAUAUGUUCGACAAUGGGAGCUUCCUGCGGCGCCGGAAGCGCUACAAACGGACGACACUCGCCCAAAGCAUGGCAUUCCCGGGGGUGUUCGGGCCGUUCGCUCCCUUCUGGAUACGCAAACCCGUACCGGUGAUACCGAUGCACCAGUUUGGACCGGUGGCGCAUGCCGCCUCGGCCUCGGCGAUGGCGGCCGGAUUCGGUGCGGAUGGUGGAGGCCCCGGUGCCGGUGCCGGUGCCGGUGGCCCACUGGCUGGUUUGGUCGGUGGAAAUGGUCGGUCUGGGGUCGCUAGUGACUUUCUGCUCGACAGCAAGCUGAACCUGUUCGGUGCGGUCAAGAUGGACGAUCUGAAUGUGGCCAUGAUGGAGAACAGUGAGUUUCUGCAGCGAAACGUCGAUAGCCUGAAGAUUUCGAGUGCGAUGAACAAGUUCUUUCACGGUUAUCACCAGGCUGGAGGCGGUGGUCAGGCACCUGGUGUCAAUCCCGGUGCCCCCCCAGUGCUCGAUCUGUACGAUGAUGCAGCAGCACCACACCAGCACCAGCACCAUGCGCUCGGCGGUGCAUCAAUGCAUCAGUGUAAUGGUGGUCGUGAUGGUGGUUACUAUGGGAACGCGAAACACGUGGUUACUGGAAUGCCGUCGGGUGGUGGUGGUGGUGGUGGUGCUAUACCAGAGCGCACGGAAUCGGAGCAAAGCCACCGGGAACGUGAGUUUCCUCCGGAAGCCGACCUAGACCUCUCCAGUGAUGAUCGAAUCGAUGUGGAAAGUGAAGAUGACUACAAAUCGUUGGCGGAUCGAAGGAGUCAAGCGUUGAUCUACCGAGAGUUGCUGCUCGAUGGUGGGCGCAAAUCCGUUUCACCAUCACAGCAGCAAAUGCCACCAGGAACACCACUACCCGUCGUCUCACCCCACCACCAACCUCCAGCACGGCCUGCUUCCUCGAACGGACCUCCAACGCCUCGCUCAUCGAGUCCAUCGCGGACAGUGCGUGGUGAACCGGAUGAGUAUUACAUCGAGGAGGACGAACAGUCGGACAAGAUUAGCAGUGGUUCGAUGGAGGAACGGGGAACACUGCAACAGCAUCAGCAGCACCAUCCGGAACACCAUCAUACCGUCCGAAAGCAUUUCUACACCGAUCUGCAACCGUCCACGCCAGCGCUGGAACCGAGGCACGACGAACCGGCCGCCGGGAUACGGCGAGAAGGCUUCACGGGCCCGGAAACGACCAAGUUGUUCGACGGUCUCGAGCCGGCGUUUGCGUCGCGAAAGCGCAAGUACGGCAACACGAAGGGUUUCAGCAUAGAGAACCUCAUCGGCUGCAACGUGGAGGACAGAUAA